AUGGACACGUGCAAAGUGAUUAGCGAGCAAAACGCAAAGGACCUACACUGCUUCACCACAGGCCGUUGGCUGUGGAAUGAGAAACAGCAACUUCAGAACCUCUUCACGCCCUUCGACGUGCAAGCGCUUCAGGAGAUUGCUGCCAGCAGUAUAGAAGCUGAGAAAUGCGUCUCAAUCACCAAGCGGGGGAAGGGUGGCUCGAACAGAACAUUCUUACUCACGAUGGACGAUGGCAGAAAAGUGGUUGCGAAGAUCCCUUACUCAAUCGCAGGUCCCCAGUACUACACCACAGCAUUUGAAGUCGCCACUAUGGAAUUUGCUCGGACGGUUCUCAAUAUUCCUACUCCAAAGGUUCUUGCGUGGUGCGCGGAUAGUCGAUGUAGUGUUGGAUCUGAGUACAUCAUAAUGGAGGUUGCCCGCGGGAAUCGACCGGCAGAUGUGUGGGAUGACCUAGCUCUCGAGGAGAAGCUCAAGGUCACUGAUCGUCUUGUUGCGCUGCAGAAGAAGUUAUUCUCGGUGGCUUUGAAUUGCUACGGUAGCCUGUAUUAUGCCACAGAGAACAUCCCUGGCGCUCUUCCGGCACAGCUCGUUGGAAAUAUCCCCGAGAAAAUACAAGAACAAGUAGCGACCCGGCUUGUGGUUGGGCCAGUGACAGAGCAUGACUUUUGGACAAAAGAGCGUGCACAAAUGACUAUUGACCGCGGUCCAUGGAUGCAACCACAGGACUACGUCACCUCUCUGGCCCAUCGCGAGAAGGCCUGGAUACAACAACAUGCGAUCCCGAAACCCGACGAUGCCACAAUGACCCAGAACUGCCCCACUAGUCAUCUGUGUCUGCUUGACAAGUACCUCCAAGUGGCACCGUAUCUUCUCCCCAACGAGCCCGCCAUCCUUACACCGUACCUCUGCCACAGCGAUCUCAAUCCCGCAAACAUCUUCGUGAGGGAACCGAUUCUUACUCUUCCCGAAGGUUUCGCCGAGCUCGGCAGCAAAGAACAGUCUGCGAUUGAAGCCCAGAUGGAACAGACCAUCAUCUGUGAUUUCUAUCAGACACGAGUGGCGGAAGAGAUCCCACUCCUCAAUCGCGUGUUCUACCAGGAAUUCGGCAUGCUGCGGUGUUGGCCCAUUCAGUUUGUGGGCGACGCCUGGGAUGAUGAUAUCAUUCGCCUGAGGGAUAGUUUGAUCCAGAUUGAGAAACACUGGGAAGAGAUGGGCUUUGGGUUUCCAUGCCCCGUACAUUUCACAGAGGACGAGCUUCGGGUCCACGACGAGGAAACCAUAGGCUGGAACAAUAUACAGGGGUUCUGGGACGCAAUCUCCCCAUCAGUGGCGAGAGAUGGCUUCGUUCAUUCCGACAUGUACGAGGAGGCUGCUCACAUGUUCAAAUACGUGCGGAACUGGGGCUUGGAGCACGUCACGGGUAAGGUGAAAGAGAGGUUUGAGCACGCGACGCUGAUGGCUGCGGAUGUCGAAGUCGAGGCAGUAAAAGCCGGAGGAUCCGCGGAUAGCUGA